GGCCCCCCCAUCCAGAGAUAAACAUUCCGACUCCAGAUCAAUCUGAAAAACACUUCGAUUACAAAAACUUCAAUAUCCUAGAAGAACUACUAUCCCCAUCAUGUAUACUCUCCGAGUUCUUUCAGCUGUGAUGCUCGUGCUUUCAUUAGUUUGCAUUGAUAUGGUAGCAUCCGCACGCUCCCCAAAGUGCAACAUGGUGAAGGAUAAAAAUCAGAAGGAUGCACCUUUCCUAGUCUGUGAAUCUAUCUUGGAUAAAUAUUACAACGCAGGACAAACCUGCCAAACCGGCGAAAAGUCUUCUUGCUGUACCUCUCAAGUAGAUCAGACCGGCCAAGUCCCUCAGAGCUGUACCCCUAUACAAGGUUGAUCAAGAUAUCCAAAUACCAUGGCCUCUUCUUCAAAACUUUAUGCACUCUAGAAUCCAACUAGCUUGUCUGAACUUUUCAGUGAAGAAAACUACGCCAGUGCCACCCUUUUUCCGCUGAAGAAUAUACAAGCAACAUAAGUUUUGAG